AGCCUGAAUAUGUCAGGGAUUUAGUGGGGCUUCUCGCUCCUGGUGGGUUCCGCCGGAAAGGCGCAGGCAGGAAGGAAUCCAAGGUUGGGGGCAGCGGCAGGCGAUGGCUUCAGCAGAACUCACAGGCGGUUUCCCAGCUGGUGGGAACCCUUGGCCUUUCAGCCGGAGGACUGGGUGACAGCGGACCUUUCUGGAACAGGUCCGGAUGUGAACAAACUGGCCUUGUUAGGGAAUGGGGCGGAGUUGAGGGCCGUUGUGGGGAGGUUGGCCACACCUCUGGCAGAUGGGUGUUGGCCUCCUUUGCCAGCCCUGGAAGGUGCUGCUGAGUCCCAAAGGCACUCAGGACUCCACUACAGCUGCAUCUGAAGUGAGUGGGAAGUCUCAGGAGAGGCAGCCUUCUGUGUUAAUACCUUUCCCUCUGCUAGUCCUUUGAGACAUAACACCAGCCAUGCUUGGAGUUGCCCAGGAAGGGUGAGAUCUGAGGUCUGUACUCACAUUGUGUCUGCUAGGACAGGUCCCUGCUGUUGGCCCUUGGUGUCGUCAGCGUCACUAUAAUUCUCAUGAUCCGGAAGCAAAUAAACUUAAAAAAGAAAGGUCGCAUCACUUUACAGGACCCUGAAGCCAAGUACCCUCUGCCCUUGAUUGAGAAGGAGCAAAUCAACCACAACACCCGAAGGUUCCGCUUUGGACUGCCCUCACCGGACCAUGUCUUAGGGCUCCCUGUAGGUAACUAUGUCCAUUUCUUGGCCCAAAUUAAUGAUCAAUGGGUAAUCAGGGCUUACACUCCUGUUUCUAGUGAUGAUGAUCAAGGCUUUGUGGACUUCAUUAUAAAGAUAUACUUCAAAAAUGUGCACCCCAGGUAUCCUGAAGGGGGAAAGAUGACUCAGUACUUGGAGAACAUGGAAAUUGGGGACACCAUCCUUUUUCGAGGGCCCACAGGGCGCCUGUUCUACCAUGAGCCAGGUUCCCUUAUAGUCAAAGUAGACGAAAUGAGUGAGCCCGAAAACAGACUGUUUCAUCACCUGGGGAUGAUUGCUGGGGGAACAGGCAUUACUCCCAUGCUGCAGCUUAUUCGCCACAUCACAAAGAACACCAGUGAUGGGACCAGGAUGUCCCUUCUCUUUGCCAACCAGACAGAAGAGGAUAUCUUGUUGAGAAAGGAGCUGGAAGAAAUCGCUACAACUCACCUUGACCAGUUCAACGUGUGGUAUACCCUGGACAGGCCUCCUGUUGGAUGGAAGUACAGCUCUGGAUUUGUUACUGCUGACAUGAUCAAGAAGCACCUCCCUCCCCCUGGGGAAGCCACACUCAUCCUGGUGUGUGGUCCACCACCUAUGAUCCAGGAGGCAGUUCACCCCAGCCUGGAGCAGCUUGGCUAUACCAAGGACAUGAUUUUUACCUAUUAAUAUCUCCUAUGCUCCUUGGCGGGUCCCUCUCCUCUGUUUCAGAGUGAGUUUGCCUUCACAUUAUUCAACUACAGUAUUUUCUAAGUGCCUCUCCAUGUACACUUGGGUAUGGUGCUGUUCUCCUGGGUGUGGACCUAAGAAUUCAAAGGAUGGAAGAAGACAAGGUAGUUUUUGAGCUUCCAGGCUUGGAGGCUGGGGAUGAUGCCUUUCUCCAUGGCUUAGUGUAAUAAACUGCACUGCUCUGCAUUUA